CGGCCACGCCAAACAGAAGAACCCAAACGCUAACUUGCAAGCACUCUCCAGCCAAAAACAUUUCGCCUCUUCUUCGCUUCUUCCACCCACUCUUGAAUCAUUCGCCUUUCCUUCCUACCCCUACCGAUCACCUUUUCCUAAACCAACGCUUUCUUGCUCUCCCCUUGCCAUGGACAGGACAAACGCCGCGGCCGCUGCCCCGCCGCCGGUACCCAUGGCGGCGCCCGUCGUCCCGGUCGAUCUGACGGUCGUCAAGAAGCUCCUCGGGGGCGGCGGCGACCUGGCGGUCCACGACGCGUCUGGCGGUCUCGCCUUUCGCGUCACGGCGGCAGACGGUUGUGGCAGGAGGUGCGGAGGGAGAGCGCUCCUCGACGCCUCCGGAGGCACUCUGGUCACUGCCAGGAGCAGCGAGGGUGCAUGGCAGGCAUUCAAAGGAAUUAGUUGGGAACAGAAAGACAUAAUUUUUUCAACAAAGGUAAUGUGUGCUUCUUCAGAUCGAAAGGAGGUACAUGUCUUUGUCCCGCCGAGAAGCACAUCUGAGGAGCAAAAACCAAGCUACAUACUCGUAGGAAAUCCAUCUCGAAGAGCAUGCACGAUUAUAAGGGGAAACUCCAUUGUUGCUCAGACAAAUCUCCCGUACAAACUCAAUAAGGCCGUCUAUUCAAGGCGGAAGUUUAGAGUGACGAUUUACCCAGGAAACGAUAACAUUCUGAUCAUGGCAAUGGUGAUGACCUUCCUUGUUCAAAAAUAACAUAGGUUCCUAAUGAAGCAGACGCUUUCAGUAGGAAGGCCAUAAGCACCCACACGAGGAAAAAAAAAUGACCAACCACCCACACGAGAAACAGUAUUCCAUUAGAAUGGUACAUAUUCUCUGGAAACUUCUGAGAACUUGAGUAAUGUGUUCAGUGAAAUUCUGCAACAGGAUAAGAGAAGUUGAGCACCAAAGUUUUGUCGCGUCCAUUUAUCGCCGAUGAUGAAAUGUACUCCCUCCAUCCCAAAAUAAGUGUCUUAACUUUGUACUAGCUCUAGUACAAAUUUAUACUCAGCUCAAGACACUUAUUUUAGGACGGAGGGAGUAUAAAUUUUAUAACAAAUGCUAUUUUGACUGAAUAGAUGGAAUGAAUGAAAGUAUGGGCAAUCAUUUCAACGCUUGAA